AUGCCGAUGUGUGUAGAUCCUGAACUGGAGGAUGAAGCGAUGGGUUGCUGUUGCAGUAGAGAAAGUGCGCCGGACGAGCUGGUGGAUCUACCACCACCAGCUCGUCCGUCUAUCCCGGUAGUUGACGAACCACCGAUUAGGCUAUCACUAGUGGUGGAUCCCAUUCUCAUGGAGAGACUUAUCAUGGAAAUGCUGAGAACCGCUGCUGUACGAGUAAAUGGUAACGAAGCAUCAUCAGUCUCACUUGUGAAACUGCAUGUUAUAGCGGACAAGGAUGACGGUUGGAUUCAAAUGGUAGUAUCCAUGGUAACUGUGAUCCCCAUAGAAGAUCCUUUCGGCCCGGCAGCUAUUUCUGUAUUACUAGAUGAGUGUCCUCUACCGUCUAAGGAAACAGUAAUAAGGAUGACACAGUACCUUGGACUAUCAGCUAAACGCACAAAUCUGAGACACAAGAGGACACGUGUUGAGCGGAAUAUUUGCAUCACUUUAGGAUGCAUCGCUGAAAAGUUAGUCGGACCUAACAGUGAAGCGAUACUCACCGAGAAUACACUGGACUAUUUGCUGGCCUACUUGAGCCUGCACCACGAACCGUGCAUAGUAUUAUUUGCUUUAAUAGCAUUAAAGAAAUUCGCACUCACCUCUGUGAACAAGUUAAAAAUAAAAAGUCGCUUGGAUCAGUGUCCAGAGAAUCCGUUACUGGUCCUUGAGAAUUAUGAUAACAGUAACGACUGCGAUUGGCGACAAGUUGGCUUUUGCGCUAAAUGGGCGCUGGACAACAUAUUUAUCAUUGAGGGGAGAAGCCUCUCUUAUGAAACAGUGGACAUGAGUGGCAUACACGCUAUUCUAAAUGCCCAAGACGGCAACGAUUAUUUACAAAUAUCCAGCAACGGACUCGAGGCCCGCUGCGACUUGUACGCUCUUGAAAGUGUACGUUGCACCGUAGAAGUGAACAAAGGUUGCUGGUAUUUCGAGACCCUGAUCGUUACACCCGGCUUAAUGUACAUCGGCUUUGCAACAAUGAGAAGUCACUUUUUAACAUCUGAAAAUCGAAUUGUAGGCAACGACCGGUUUUCGAUAUCAUACGAUGGUUGCCGGAUAAAAGUGUGGUAUAACGCACAGCAUUCGGCAAUCGAUUCAGUUCCUUCUUGGCAACCCGGUGAUGUUUUGGGCUGCCUAUUAGACCUGGACAAUAAAGAAAUCAUAUUUUCCCUCAACGGACAGCGCAUAACUACUUGUAGAGAGAUCUUCGAAGCCACCAAUCGCGAAUUCUUCGCUGCCGCUACUUUUAUGGCAUUCCAACAAUGCCGUUUUAACUUCGGAUACGAAAUGUUUAGGUAUCCGCCCACGGACCGAGAAUUUAAAACUUUCAAUGAUAUUGGCUGUCUUAGAGUGGAUCAGAAACAGAUACUACCAAAGAGGUUAUACUUGGAAAAACUCAAGAACAUCGCAGAAAACGAUAAUAGUUGUUCAAUAUGCUACGACAACGUUCCUUCACGCAUUCUUGAGCCCUGCGGACAUAAUGGCUUUUGCUCAGUCUGCACAUCAAAGAUCACGUCUUGCCCGUUGUGUAGAUGUGUAAUCAUACAAGUAAAAAAGGACAUGGCCUGA